AUGGAAGGCAAGACCAGGGGGGUCAUUCACCAGCCAACGGCAUUCGUCAAAUUUUGGCUCCUGGUCUCGUCGGUGAUCGUCAUCUGGGAUUUCAGUUUCAUCUUCUUGCGAAGAUGGUCGCUCACAUCCCAGGGCGGAGUUCUCUCCGCGCUCUGGCCCGGGUACGAUCUGUACGAGUUCGUGGAUCUCAACUACUCUGCAAAGUACUGGCUCGACAACCGAGGUUUUCCUCUGGCUCAAUCUACACUCAAUGUGCUCGAAGACAUUCUCAACUUCUCGUAUCUCUACCUGGUUCACCAGUCUGAUCCAGCUUAUCGUGCCGUUGCGCCAAUCGUUGGAUUCUCGGGAGUACUGAUGACGUUCAGUAAGACUCUCCUGUACUUCCUCUGCGACUACUACUGUGGUUGGUGUGAGUCGGGUCACAACGACUGGAGCACCUGGAUCUUCCUCUAUGCGCUUCCUAACGGCUUCUGGAUCAUCUGCCCAGGCUACCUCACAUUGUACUUUGGCCGAGAGAUCGCGGCAUUGCUCACGGCAGCAGCUGGUAUCGUCGACUCGCCGUUCGCUGCUGAAGACGUCAAGGCAGCGCAAAAGUCAAAGAAGAGCAAGUGA